CACCUUUAUUUAGUUUGUUGGCCAUUAUAAUUGUUUCCAGCCAAAGAGAGACCUAUUCAAAAGGGGUUGCUUUCAAAAGCUCAUCUCUCUCUGAAUCUGCUGAUCUCAUUACUACUUGCCAUCUUUUAUCGAAAACCCUCAACCAAAACCCACUUCCCAAAACUGAAACAAACAAAAAACACAGCUAUUGAUCUCUUCCUCUGACUCAGAUUUGAAACCUAGAAAUGGUUCCUACAUAUCCACAUUAUUGGAGAAAAAGAUCAUCAGUAAACCCACAAGCUCUUCUUCCUCUGAUGAUCGUCUGCUUCUUCUUCAUUCUCCACUGCGACGCAUCGAGAGCCUCGUCGCCAUCAAGCGUUUUCUAUAGAAAUCCCAAUAAUGAUCACAACAAAAACACAAUGAGGAGAGGCCAUUUCUUAGGGUUCUUGCCAAGACACUUCCCUGUUCCAGCUUCUGGUCCUUCACGAAAACACAACGACAUUGGUCUACAAGCCUUGUUGUCUCCAUGAUCUCUCUUUCUCUGUCUCUCUAGGGUACUUUAUCUAAUAUAAUCUAAUGCAUGCACUCAUACACAAGAUAACAGUAGAAGACCAUUCAUCGAUCUCUGAUGUUUGCUUUGACACGUACGUAGGGUUUCAGAUGUUUGACCUCUUCUAAUUGUUCCUCGAUCCUUUUUGUUAUUUUUUGGUUUAUGUAAACCUCUUUGGUUUAGUGUAGAAGUGAAAGAUAAUGUGAGUUACUAUUUUUCUUUUGUAUAUGUAAUGAAAAGUUUACUAGAUGAGAUAUUAGAUGCAACAA